AUGGCGAUCCUCCACUUGUCACUUUCUUCACUGACCUCGACGAUAACAUAUUCAGCAGCUUCACAAGAUUCCGACAGAACCCGGAAGAAGAAUCUCAUUACGAAAGACUCUGUCUCCUCUUUCAGCUUAUGUCCCUGCGGAAGAAGACAUUUCCUCGGAGCUGUGACUUCGUUGCCGUUUCUUCCAGUCUCUUCCUCAUACUCUUCUUCUAGCUCAAUGGAUGAUUUAAAAAGAUUCCGUCCUCCAAAGCCAGAUUGGUACGAGGAGCUCUUUGCUUGGUCUAUGAAUACAGAAAUGGAAUCUUACGAGAAAGAGAUUUCGGGUUACAAAAUGAGACUCUUUGAGAGUUUGGUUGGAAAAGCAGAAAAGGUUUUGGAGAUUGGCAUUGGAACAGGUCCCAAUUUCAAGUACUACUCCACUAUACCAAACAUCUCUGUUCUUGGUGUUGAUCCAAACCCUAAAAUGGAAAUUUAUGCACGUAAAUCCGCCGAAGAAGCCGGUUUGAAACCUCAAGAAUUCAGCUUCAUUCGCGCGGUCGCAGAAUCUAUACCAAUAGAAGAUGCAUCGGUUGAUGCAGUUGUGGGGACUCUUGUGCUUUGUUCUGUCUCAGAUGUCACUCAAACGCUUAAUGAGAUUAAACGGAUUCUGAGACCGAGUGGGGUUUACAUUUUCAUAGAACAUGUUGCAGCUGAAGAUGGAUCAUUUGUGAGGUUAGUGCAGAAUGUGUUGGAUCCAUUGCAACAAGUUGUUGCUGAUGGAUGUCACUUGACGAGGCGAACCGGAGAUUACAUUUUAGAAGCCCGGUUUAGUGGCGGCGCAGAUGUUAUAAAGGUUUCUCUUCCUAGCUUAGCUUACUUAAGCUCACAUGUCUAUGGUGUUGCUUACAAUUAA